UAUUUAGCUUGGCGCAGCGCUGGAUGGAUACAAACAGAAGGUUAGACAGGUUGACUGCAGCGACUGAUUUCAGUGCAACGGCGAGACUUUUUGUGGUUGUCAGCGCAGAACAUCUGGUUUUGUGUAAUGUAAAGUGGGUCUGGUCCCGUUAGGACUGUGAUUGAACACCAUGGCUGCCGCUCCUCCACUCAGGCGGACAGACUCAGCUCGAGGGGAGUUUUCCCCUCUAAAACACUUUGUUGUUGCAAAGAAGAAGAUCAGCGAUGUGUUUGAGCUGCUUCUCAACUACGUGAAAGAGACAUCAGAGUUUGUUGAAGAGAUUCAUGGGAAUGAAGCUCUGGAGACCAUCGCCACCAAAGAGCAGAAGGUGGAGAUUCAGACAUACUCUGACAAGCUUGCAGUCAUUAAGGAGGUGCUGGCACGCAGACACAUGAAGGUGGCUUUUUUUGGCAGGACCAGUAAUGGUAAAAGUACGGUGAUCAACGCCAUGCUGAGGGAUCGCGUCCUGCCCAGCGGGAUCGGUCACACCACCAACUGCUUCCUGAGUGUGGAAGGCACAGACGAAGACAAAGCCUACCUUAAAACGGAGGGCUCUGAAGAGGAGAAGAGCAUUAAAACUGUAAACCAGCUUGCCCACGCUCUUCAUAUGGAUGAAAGCCUGGAUGCUGGCUGCCUGGUUCGAGUCUUCUGGCCAAAGACCAAAUGUGCUCUGCUUCGGGAUGACCUGGUCCUCGUGGACAGCCCAGGGACGGAUGUCACAACACAACUGGACAGCUGGAUUGACAAGUUUUGCCUGGAUGCUGACGUCUUUGUGCUGGUGGCAAACUCUGAGUCGACGCUUAUGAACACGGAAAAACACUUUUUCCACAAAGUGAACGAGCGCCUCUCGAAGCCAAACAUCUUCAUCCUGAACAAUCGCUGGGACGCCUCUGCAAACGAACCAGAGUACAUGGAGGAUGUGAGGAAGCAGCACACGGAUCGCUGCGUGAACUUCCUGGUGGAGGAGUUAAAAGUUGUGGAACGCUAUCAAGCACCUGACCACAUCUUCUUUGUUUCUGCAAAAGAGGUGCUCAACUCCCGUAUGCAGCGAGCUCAGGGCAUGCCUGAGACAGGUGGCGCUCUGGCUGAAGGUUUCAAGGAGAGACUGAAGGAGUUCCAGACGUUUGAGCAAAGGUUUGAGGAGUGUAUCUCGCAGUCAGCAGUGAAAACAAAGUUUGAGCAGCACACUAUCAGGGCCAAGCAGAUCACAGAAAAAGUCAAGACCAUCAUGGACGCCAUCAACAUUGAAGCGGCGGAGAAGCGAGUGACAGCACUGGAGGACAGAGAUUAUCAGAUAGAUCGGCUGGAGUUUGUCAAGAAUCAACUCAACCUGCUGAUUGAAGAAAUAAAAAAGAAGAUCAAAGCUAUCAGUGAUGAUGUGGAGUCCAAGGUGUCCAUCGCCAUGAGAGAGGAGAUCAACCGUCUUCAUGUGAUUGUUGAUGAGUUCCAUGCUGAUUUCCACCCUUCACCUCAAGUCCUCAAAAUCUACAAGGCUGAUCUGCUGGCACACGUGGAGAAGGGCAUGGGAAAGAACCUGGCUUUCCGCUGCUCCAAUGCUAUCAACGUCUCUGUCCAGUCUUCUCAGCAGUACAUGAUAGACAGCAUGGUGCCUUUGCUUCCAUCUGCGGCCCAAAGCCAAGUCCACAUGCUGGUGCCCAACAGGACAUUCGACCUGAGCUAUGACCUUAACUGUGCAGUCAUCUGCAGCAACUUCCAGGAAAACAUAGAGUUCCAGUUCUCGUUGGGCUUGAAAGCUUUAGUUCAUCGAUACCUAGGAUCUGUUAAUGCACAGAAAGCUCUGAAAUUGGUUGAUCCAGACUUCCAGAACUCUAGAAUGGUAGCAUCUGUGGCUCCUUCACCUUCAUCUGGACCCCCAUCCAUUGCUGCGCCGCCCAGCAACGAAACAGCCCUCAUGACCCAGGAAGAUCUGAUGAUCGCCAUGGCAACCAACUUGGCAUCCCUGACAUCCCGCACCUCAAUGGGCAUCAUCGUUGUAGGAGGGGUGGUGUGGAAAACAGUCGGCUGGAGGCUUAUUGCCUUGUCGGCUUCACUCUAUGGGCUGCUGUACUUGUAUGAGAGACUCACCUGGACCACAAAAGCCAAAGAGCGUGCCUUGAAGCGUCAGUUUGUGGAGUUUGCUACUGAGAAACUGCAGCUUAUUGUCAGCUUUACCAGUGCAAACUGCAGCCACCAGGUCCAACAGGAGAUGGCAACAACGUUCGCUCGGCUCUGUCAACAAGUGGAUCAGACACAGAAGGAGCUUGAGGAAAACAUCUGUCGGCUGACAGCUAACAUAGAUGAGCUGGAAAAGGUCCAGAGCCGCUCCAAGAUCCUGCGACAUAAAGCAACAGAACUAGAGAAACAACUGGAGGAAUUUACGAACCAGUACUUGCGGGCCCAGCAGUGAAUCACGCUCUGUAGCCUGGCUCUUGUGGAGUCGUCCUGCUGCAGUGCUGUCUGUAAAUGUCAGCGGGGAAAAGUUGAUCCUUUCAGUGAACAAAUGUACCUAAAAUGUGUCUUUAUUAUGAAGUUCGUUUUUUUUUUUGUUGGUUAGAAAGUGGUUCAAAAUUUUGUAGAUUUCACAUGGAAAAUUAUUUUCUCCUUUUUUGAAGCCAACCAGGAACAUCAGGUGCUCACAAGAAAAGCAGUUUAUUAAUAACGAAAAAGAUCAGCCUAAAUGGACUGUGGUUGUUAAAAACUACUCUCCACCUGGGGCCGACUCCUAUUGGUCAAAAUGCCAAAUGUUGGAUUCUGUAGUGUGACACUAACCUGCCUUGACUUUAAUGAUCAAAAUGCCUUUUUUAUGAUUCUCUCUAAGUCCUUUUUUUGUCUGUUUAAGAUAGGAUCAGUUGUAAAUGAAAAAAAAUAAUCCAUGUAAUGAAAGGAGGAAAGCAUGUACUGUAUUUUCUAACAACCCAAAUUGUACAGUAAAAGUACUUAAUCAUCUGAUAUUUUAUGAUAUUCUAUUUUAUUUAUACAUGAUAAAUUAGGCUGGCAGUUGCAGAUCACUGCAUUUUGUAAACAUUUCUUUCUCAAAUGCGUUGUUGAAAUACUUUGAGAUUUGCCAGAUUCCAUUAAACCUGAACUUAUCUAAAA